AUGGCUUCGCCACAUAAAAACUUAAAGAUUGAGGAAAAUUUUACUCGUUUGAGUAAACUUUUAAUCAAUAAAGGAACCCAGGCCUUAAAAACAACAUUGCAAUCUUUAUUAAAGCCAUCAAGUUUAGCUGGCAAACUUAAAGAUCCCUCUACAAAGAAGACACUAAAAUCUUUAAAAUUUAAUGUCAUCAAGAAUGAGCAAUGGGAUCUUCUUUACCCGUCAGUUGGUGACCCUGACAUUGAAAACUUUGACAUCACAUUAUUGACUGUCUUAUUGCGAAAUAUAUGUGGUCUAACAGCGCCACAUGAUGGAUGGAAUAAACUUUCUUCCUCUUCAGAUACUUCAAUCUCAGCAAAUAUUGCAAGAAUAAAGUUUUAUCGAAACAAAGUGUACGGUCACAUAACUACAACUAGUGUAAAUGACAAUGAGUUUGAGCAUUUGUGGCAGGAAAUCUCAAAAGCAUUGGUUGGUCUGGGUAUUCAACAAACUGAAAUAGAUGAAGUGAAGAAAUCUCCCCUCAGUCGCGAUGAGGCAAAAUAUUUUGAAAUGUUGAAAGAAUGGUAUAAAAAAGAAAAGCAGUUAAUCGAUGUCACUGAAAAAAUCAAAGAAGAUGUGAAUGUAAUGAAUAGAAAUGUUGUACAGAUAAAGCAAAUGUUGCAAGGCAAAACAUAUUCAGAUGUCGAAAAGCUUGGAAGGUGUAAUUUCAACGGUCUUAAAAAAGAUCUUUACAAGAAAUACCUUGAAGGCACUAGACAAUGGUUAUUUGAAAAAUUCAACACUUGGUUUAACGAUAAAAGUGAAGAUGCUUCUAAUGUCAUGAUUUUGAUUGCCGGUCCUGGCGUUGGUAAAAGUGUGUUUGCUGCUGAGGUGUGUCGACGAUAUUCUAAAAAGGACAAACUUGCUGCUUCUCAUUUCUGCAGAUAUAAUAUAUCAAAUUAUAGAAAUCCUCAAAUAUUGAUAGAAUCAUUGGCUAGUAGCUUGUGUGAUACAAUACCAAAUUUCAAAAGUAAACUGAAUGAAGAAUUACAGAGAAAGCAUUUAGAAGAAUCAGUCAACGAUGUUUUCAUUGUUUUAUUAAAUAAUCCAUUGCAUUCAUUGGAAGAUCAUGAACCAAUGCUUUUGGUUAUUGAUGCCUUAGAUGAAAGCCAAGUUGAUGGCAAAAGUGAAUUGUUGGAAUUGAUUGCAGACGAGUUUCACCGACUGCCUAAAUGGAUUAAAAUCUUCAUCACCAGUCGUCCAGAACUUCCUGUUCAAACGAAGUUGAAAGACAUGAAUCCUGUGGAAAUUACAACUCAUCCUCGCGAUAAAAACAACGAAAAAGACCUGCACAAGUAUUUGAGACAUGAGUUGUAUGAUCUUGUGCAGAGAAAUCCCUAUGUUCUUCAGUCAUUAGUUGAAAAAUGUGAGGGAUCAUUUCUUUACGCUUAUCACGCACAACUGAGCUUAAAGAAAGAAGAAGUUGAGCUUACUUACGAAAACAUUCACCAAUUGAUCCCUAGUGGGUUAAGCGGUGUUUACGCAAAGCAAUUCAAAAGAGCAAAAGAAUUGUUAACGAAGAAAAGUCCCAGAAAUUCUGUUAUCUCAGAAGCUACUUUCAUGCAAUUUCUUGAAUUGUUGGCUGCCUGUCGGGAGUUUUUACCAUUAACUUUACUUUUUAGCUAUUUAGGUUUUUCUGAUGACAUCAAGUUUGAAGUCCGCAGUAAAAUCAUUGAACUGUCAUCUCAAAUUUUGCCAGUUUACCAAGAUUGUUUAACCGUGUAUCACAAAUCUCUCAUUGAUUGGUUGAAAUCAGAUGGUUACGAACAGCAUGAGUUUACAGUUGAUCCAAAAAAUGGUCAUAAGUUCUUAUGGCAUGCUUGUGAGAAAGUUUUUGAACAAAUCAAGUCGAUGAACAUUUUUGAAGAUCAGAUAAACACUGCUAUGAUUAAAUAUGCUUUGAAGAAUGGAAUCUAUCAUAUGUCAAAAUGUGGCGAAAAUGUUGACUUUAGCUGGGCAGUAGAUGUCAAAGUGGUUUGUGCGAGGUUAAUGUGUGUGGAAGACAUUCACAUGUAUACCAUUGAAUCUGAGUUGUUUGAAAUCAUUAAGGAGUGGCGUACUUUCUUGAAAAAAGAUUUACUUGAGGAAGUACUAUUUCAUUUCUUUAUGACAAGAAUGGUGUCAUUUAUGGUUGAUGAAAGCUUAAUUUAUUUACAAAUUGUUGCAAACAGAAUUCAGGGCAUUAACGAAAAAAGAUUAUUGGCAAGGGAUUUAUUGAAACAAGGAAAGUUUGUUUGGUUUGAGGAUUUAGACUCAACAUAUUUAACAAACCAUCAUCAUUUGACUGUCUCCUUGCGUGCUAACGUUACAUCUCUUUGUGUGUCGUCCAAUGAAACACUUCUUGCUGUAGGAUAUGAAAAUGGUCAAAUAUCUAUUUUUGAACUUCCUAAAUUUGAGCAACGAUGCACUCUAGGCACUGCACUCGAUGAUUCAUGGUUGGAUAAUAGGGAUGAUGUAUACACAUUUAUGUCCCUGUGUUACACCUAUGACUGGGAUAUUAUAUAUGAUGUAGAUGAAUUUGAGUCCGUGUAUGACUUGUAUGACAAUUUAAUAUCAAACAAACUUGCUUUUGUACGUGGAAACAUCUGUUGUUGCUCCUUUUCACCUACCGGAAAUAGACUGGUAACUAGUGAUGAAUCUACUGAAGUAAAGUUGUGGGACGUUAACAAUGGACGUUUGUUAUUAUGUUUACAGUCAAAUGAUGUCGUUAAUCAUUGCUCUUUCUUAGAUUCUGGUUUGUUUAUUACAGCAAGAUAUAAUGGAAACUCUUCUAAAGAUGUGUUCACUGUAUGGAAUUCAUUAACUUUGCAAAGAAUUGAUCGACGCUGCGUUGUUGAUUACCAAAAACUACAAUGCACCGAUAAAACCACUUCGUAUGUUUUUCAAUUCCCAAAGGCAAUCGAUAUAUUUUCAAGCGAAAAUGAGUAUUCACUAUCUUUAAAUUCAAAGACAACCCACCAUUAUCGUGAUUGUAUUUUUUAUCAUACAAGCAAGAAUAGAAAGCUUUCUGAAAUCACUCAGUUGACAAAAUACAACGAGCAAGAAGAAAUCGAGUUUCGUUUAUCAAAUGUCAGGUGUCCAUGUGUUCGUAGGACUCUUAAAAAAGUCCAUCCAAUCUCGUUUAAGAAAUUUUACGUUGUGCCGUAUUUUUCCAAGCUUAAAAUUUUCAAAACUGAUCAUCUUUGGAGACCUUCAUUUAUCUUUGAGAAAUUUGAAAUUAAAUGUUGUUGUUUUUCACCGGAUGGAUCUUUUUUUGCUGCUUUCGCUGUUGGUGACCACGUCAACAUUCAUAUUUGGAGCAUUGAACGUUGCACUAUUAUUCAAACUGUACCAAUACACCUUUGGAAUGCAAAAGGAUGCUGGUGGUCGGAUGGUUUACUGUGGAUAUGGGAUGGCUCUGAUCAUCUUAUGAAGAUAUCAACUUCAUCUGAAAAUUUUGUAGUUUCUACUCAAGCAAAGCGUGUUAACAUUGGAUUUAAACCUAAGAAAAUCUUAACAUUUGGUGAUGUCUUAGUUUGUAAAGACCAUAAAGGUUUUGUUCAAGUUGUUAGAAUUACCAAAGGUGUGAUACAAUACAACAAAAGACUUCCUGUCAAUAGUUUUGAAUUUAAAGCAGCAGCUGUAUCACCUGAUAAUUCUGUUAUUUUAACUGCAAACAAAACAGAAUACACAUUAUGGAAAUGGGGAAAUGACAACAAUGAACUUUACUUGGAACCCUGGCACACUGCAGAAAUGCCCAUAACGUCUUUUGGUGAAGAAUUUGAUUGGAAACAGAGAAAUUUUACUUAUCUUAAAGUCAGUUUCUUUAUAAGUGAUAGUAACCAAGCGGUUAUUGCAUUCCUGUUUGGAGACAACAAUGUCUACCAGAAAACUGGCAUUUAUGUAAUUAAUGUGCAUAAAAACAAUGACGUGAGUACGAUUUUGCAUAAUAUCAAUGGAUCAUUACGGUUUCGCACAAUCGUACAUAAAUCAUAUUUCAUUGGUGAAUCGUUUGGCAAAAUGGUUGCUGUAGAUUUAAAGAGUGGUAAAAUAUGUGCUGAAUUUUACCAAUUAGGUACUGAUUUAUUCAAUAUUAAAUUUAAUACAACUAUUCAUUCAAAAACAGCAACUUUAGCUUUAGUAACAAAUGGUGGAUGCGGAAUUAAAUUUUUUAAACUCAAUCUUCCUGAAAGAAUCCACUGAUUCAACCUUUGUAAUUAUAUUAAUCUAACGUAUUUACUAACAUUACAUAUCACUUAAAACCAACAUAAAAAGUUCUUUAUAUCACAAAAGGACAGUUAUUUAUGGUAUCAACAACGAACUCAAAAAUAUUGCAGAAAAAAUUGUCCAUAUCCUUUGUUUUAACCGUGGAAAAACUGUCAGUUUAUGAUUAUGUAAAAAUAUCACGGACAGAGAGAGAGAUUAGUUUUUGUAAUGUCAAGUAAAGAUCUUUUUCAUCCUAUGAUUCCCGUCAACUUUCAAAUUUAUAUUUGAAGAGAACAACACUGUAACAUUGUCAAAGUUGUGAUGAAAUUGAGAAUAUCAC